AUGCUGUCCCAGCCAAGCUCCUACGACAAGGUCGAGACCGCUAAUCUCUUUACGGUAAAAUUCAGUAAUCUCUUCGACAGAGACUCAAGAGAGGUCGAUGCUCUUCUGCAAGCAUGUGAAAGAGAUGGCUUCUUCUAUCUCGAUCUUCGGGACUCGUGCUCCGCCAAACUGUGGAGAGACUUGGAAAGGGUGAGCGAGAUGGCUAAGCGUUGGUUCUCGCAACCUGUUGAGGACAAGCUGAAAACCCCAACAGUAUCGUUGGCACAUGGGUUUAAAGCUACAGGUGUUCAAUCUGGGGCUGUCAAGUCACUCAAAGACGGGUUUGAAGCGUUAAAGAUUGGACGAAGUGAGCUCCUCGGUCGCUGGGCUCUUCCGUCAGUCGUUGAAGAAAACCUCGAGCUAUUCGACCAGUUCAACGCAUCAUGCCACUUCAUUCUGAAACUACUUCUGGACUGCCUAUCAGAUGGGCUAAACCUCCGAGGGUCAGCCCGCCUCGACACCCACCACCGCGAUGACGCACGCUCCAAAAGCACGCUCUACUUCCUGCACUACCCCCUAGGAGCGCAGAAUCAGAACAUGCACACUGACAUCGGCACGCUCACACUCCUCUUCGCGCCGCAAUGGGGUCUUCAAGUCGUGUCCCCCGUGACAGGAGCGUGGGAGUACGUGCAGCCACGCGAGGGUCACGCAAUCAUCAAUGUUGCGGAUACGUUGAGAUUUCUAUCUAACAAGCGAUUUCGCUCUGCCUUGCAUCGUGUUCUUCCUAUCGGAGGCGUGCAGAAGGAGGAUCGGUAUGCUGUAUCGUACUUUUUAAGAGCGGCGGAUGAUACAGAGUUUAAGGAUAGUAAUGAUCAGGAUUCAAAUGCUAAGAGUUGGUAUUUGACAAAGUAUCAUACCUACGAGCUGCCGCACGAUGUUCAGCGGGAACAGACGGUGCUAUCUGGGGGUAUGGCGCAGGAAUUGCAGGCUACAUUCUGA